GCGCCGGUGGCUGACAGAACCACCUGUCUGUAACUUUUUCGGUACCAAAAUCUGUCCUUUCCGUCCUCUCUCUUCUCUUCCUUCUUCCUCUUCCAAUCCCAAAGCUUCCCUCGUUCUCUCUCUCUCUCCGUUCCUCUUUGCGCUCUACGUAGCUUCGAUCCCCUUCACAGCUCGCAACUACCCCGGCGGAAUUUCGAUCUCUGACUCCCGCGGGAUUGGUUGUAAAUUAGGCGUUUUUGUUGAAUCGGGAGGUAAGGUAGCCGGGGAAAUUUUCGUCAUGGAUUCGAGCAGGAGAGCCGUGGAGUCGUACUGGAGAUCAAGGAUGAUCGACGGGGCUACAUCCGACGAAGACAAGGUGACGCCCGUCUACAAACUGGAAGAGGUUUGUGAUCUCUUGCGCUCUUCUCAUGUUAGUAUCGUGAAGGAGGUCUCCGACUUUAUCUUGAAGAGGCUCGAGCAUAAGAGCCCCGUUGUUAAACAGAAGGCUCUCAGGUUGAUAAAGUAUUCUGUGGGGAAAUCUGGUGCGGAUUUCAGGAGGGAAAUGCAGAGACAUUCUGUGGCUGUACGGCAGUUGCUUCACUACAAGGGCCAGCCGGAUCCGUUAAAGGGGGAUGCCCUAAAUAAGGGUGUGAGGGAUACAGCUCAGGAUGCUAUUUCUGCUAUUUUCUCUGAGGAGAACAGCAAACCAGCUCCAGCACAGAUCAGUAAGCGAAUGGAAGGAUUUGGGAAUACAAAUUUCGAAAUCCGAUCAUCAUCUUCAUCAGAUGAUAGGAAGUCGUUUCUUAGUGAAGUAGUUGACAUAGGGAGUGCAACUAUCAAGCAGGGACUUAGUAACUUGGCUCAAGGAAAUCAUCAAAGAAACAAUGAUCCUGGGAGCUACAAAAGCCCGAAUCUUCAUCGGUCAUUGACGGUGGAUCCUGAUAAUAGUUCAAGUAGAUAUGAACCAGUCCAGUUGCGUUAUGAAAAUCAUGGCAGUUUUGGGGCUUCAAGGAGCGCUGGUGCUGGAUCAUGGGGCCAGGAUUCAAGAUCAGCCAAUGCUAUGAUAGAAAAUGGGAACUCGAGCUCCAGUUAUAUGGAGAGCAAGUCUCGGGAAGAAAGGUUGCUAGAAACCAUUGUAGCGUCUGGUGGUGUACGUUUACAACCCACCAGAGAUGCCAUUCAUGUUUUUCUGGUUGAAGCAGCUAAACUGGAUGCAUUGGCUUUGAGUCGAGCCCUUGAAUCCAAGCUCCAAUCUCCGUCUUGGCAGGUUCGCAUGAAAGCAGUGUGUGUGCUUGAGUCAAUUUUGAGGAAACGGGAUGAUGAGAAGUUUUCAAUUAUAGCUUCGUACUUUGAUGAAAACACAGAUGUGGUGGAGAAAUGUUCUCAGUCUCCCCAAAGUUCUCUCAGUGAAAAAGCUAGAAAGGUAUUGAGCCUUUUGGGGGAUGGAAAAGUUGGUCGGAUGCCAACUAUUUCAGAAACUUCAGUACCAGCUGUGUCUCCUGUCCAGUUUCCUGACUUAAUCCACACAGGAGAGUCACAUGAUUUCUUCAAUGCAGAUGAUCCUUCUGAAAGGCCAAAUGAUCAAUUGAAACCAAAUGUGUCAGCCACUAGUAUGACUGCGUUCACUCACGAUUUACUUGGAGAUAGUUUUGGUCCCACCAGUGAGAACUCUACAGAGCAAAAGAAUGGGGAUGAUGACCCAUUUGCCGAUGUAUCGUUUCACACAGAAGAGUCAAAACAACAACCUGAUGGUGAUCUCUUCUCUGGAAUGGACUUUGACAGUAAACCGACUUGCAUCCCGACUUCUGAUGCAAGUCAGAUACCCACCACAAAUGGAGCUGAGAUAUUUGAUAUAUUUGGGUCGUCCAAUGCUGCAGUUUCAAAAAACCAAGAACAUGGCAAGGCAGAUGUCAAUGAUUUACUGGCUUGCAUGUCUAUUAGUGAAGGUGUCAAGCAGCAAGGUAGCAUCUCUCCAUCUAUUCCAUCUGAAGGUACAAACCCGGGGAACAUGCUUGGCGGGCCCCAGUUGACCACGAUGAAUGCAAGUACUGUGUUUGCUUCUGCAGCUAUGACAUAUACUAUGCCACAUACUAUGCCACCUGGGAUGAUGCUGAAUCCUGCUUUCUCUGCUCAUUCGAUACCAAUAAAUUAUGGUGCUAUGGGGGGUUUUCUUGCUCAACAGCAACUUCUUGUGACAAUGUCGAACUUCCAACAGCUAAGCAAUAAUUUGAGUGCUGCACAAAAUGCUACUAGUGGUGCUAGUCAAGCUGAUGGGGGAGCAGCACUUCCUGAUAUCUUUCAUCCAAGCUUCCCCAAUCAAAUUCCUACCUCGACGAUGAGCAGCUCGAAAAAAGAGGACACUAAAGCUUUUGAUUUCAUCUCGGACCAUCUUGCGGCAGCCCGUGAUCCAAGAAGAGUGUCUUAAAACAUAUAAUCCUUUGUCAUCUGGCCUUCAGAAGAAUGAGCCCUACCUCUAUUAUUCUUUUUGAGGUGACGGUGGGUUUCUUCAGUUGAAUCACAAAAACGUUUCAAAAAAGAGGUUUCAAAAUUCUUUGGCAAUAAAGGGAUGACGAUAGGAGCAUUGCUUUUUCCGUGGUCUUGAGAAAUAGAAGAAUUGUUUGUGGAUUUUCAGCCAAGUUAGAGAAUGUCUAGAAAACAAGAGGACGAUGGUGUAUGUAGUAGAGCUUCAUCCUUUUUCUCUAUCUUUCCUUCCUUCCUUCCUUCUCUCUCUCACAUUCAUCCGUUUCUGUCGAGAGUGGUUAAUGUAAAACAUGCAUGGUUCUCUUGAGAAACACUGCUGCUUUUAUGGCAAUUUCUGGUUUCCCUUCCAUAUUGAUGAUGGAGUUCAUAUCAUGUUAAGCAUCAUCGAACUGAGUCUUGCCAUGUUCUAUACUUUCUUGUAGAAUGCAAAACUUUAUAGUUAUCCCCUGUUUUUGGGGUUUAGACUAGAGUUUUUUUGUUGUUGUUUUUAUUUUGGAGCUGUUUGAUGGAUUCUGCUUCUGCUAUCUUUCACAUCUAGCAAGCGACAACAUACAUGACCAAAAUCCAAAUUAUUUCCGCCAAUUUUACUAAACAAUGUGGUAUCCAUCUAACAGGAGCUUGCAUGUCCAUAGCUCUAGGAUCCUUUUGUUUCUAUAGUCUCUACCCAUCAAAAUGAACGAUUGUACUGUGUGUCUCAAACUCAUGGACUACCCUUGUUAUCUCAUCAAAUCCAGUGCCAGAAAGGUUGGCAAAGAGACAUGGGGUCACUCGUUCUUGAUGCUGCCCUUUGCUUGCGAUGACUCCAUCUCAGAUUUUUCUGCAAAUCCAAGUUCAGACAUAUCCUGCUUGGCCAUCAAAUUCCUGUGUAUAUAUAUAGAAAUCAAAGACGGUGUACUUUCUGCAUUAGCCGAGUGUUCGAUAAUGCCAGAUACUAAAACAAGAUGAUGCAAUCAAAUGCAACAGAGUUGUGAAUGGAUCAGAAUUUUCCAUUUCCGACAUACUUUACUAUGUGCUACCAAACCAUGAACCAUGAUUGACAACCUAGAGGCAUAUAGCUAGAUGACUCGAUCCAAUUUCAAAAAUACUAGCGAAGGUAAGCAAAUGGAGGCUAAUUUUGUGUCGAAUGUAGUCAAACUAUAGUUUUUAUGUAUACGCAAAAUGAUGGGUGGAAACAUAAGCAUAAAAGCGGAGCAUAACAACAAAAUUUUAUAUGGAUCAUAUGAAUUAUCAUAAAUCUUCAUACUCCAACCUACAUUAUGUUAAAUAUGAACUCAAUAAACUUCAAAUAACUAUCCUUUUUCUAUAUUUAAAACAUCAUUACUCAUGGACAUAAACACAUUUGAAAAGUUCUUAAACUAGAGUGAAAUCUAACUAAGAACAAGAUGCUAAUAAACAUAGAAGACGAAUUUAAAUUACAAACUAGCAUGCAUCACAACCAAUAAACAACCUUAAAUAAUCAAAGCACAUAAAGCUCUUCUCAUGAAUUUAAACAUUAUAUUAGGGCAUGAGCAUGAACAUUUGAAUCCAAAGUCUCAUCAUUGUUAUCACUAUCACGCCACCAUUUUCAUUGUUGUGGUCGAUAUCGGUUCAUUCACCAUUAUCAACACUAACAACAUGCUCCAUAAAAUUACCUCCAUCGCUAUUCAUGAGUACAUGAUUAAUAUAACCUCCAACCACAUGAUCACUUUAGUGUUUUUGAAUCGGGAAAUCCAGAUAACCGACCCACAGACACGCCUUAACCGCUCCAAAACCCAGCCGAUGGAAGCUCUUAGAAGAGUCCUAAGAGCUUUAGGGAUUUCAAUGCGCUUAUAGAGCUUCUAAAACUCCUAAUUAAGCUUAUGACGUCAA